ACCAAGAUUUGGGAAAAUUCUUGGGAUGCCUAGCAUUCCUCUUGGUCAAUUUGUUGCGCACAGUAAUUUACAGACAGCAGAGACUAGAGAGUGAUUGCGAGAGAGAGAGAGAGAGCAUGGCUGACAACCUCUUCGAAGGCUUGCCUCCUCCUUCCCGACAACAAGAAGAACGAGAACAAGAGCAACAGCAAGAACAACAGCACCAACGCUCUAAAACCGCUACUACAGGCGGCGGCUCUUCUUCUUCUUCUCCAGUUCCGGCUCCGAAGCCAGUGCUCAAAAGCGCUCUCAAGCGCUCCGAGCCCACCGAAUCAAAACCAGAAGCCAGUGUGCCUGAAAAACGCUUGAGGUUUAAAACCACAACAGAUGCCUCAGAGAAGCAAGUUAUAGAGGCCAUGCAGAAGAUAGCUUCACAUAUCAAGAACCCUUCAAAGUUUGGUAAGGCUUCAAAGCUUGCCAUACAGCUGAUUCAGGCAGGAAGUGUCAAACCAGGAACUAGUGAUCACUUCUUUGCCAUACUAGAAGCUGCAAUGUCUUCAUCCACUUCUUGUAUGGAUCCUUCAGUGCGAGCAGAUUAUCAUGCAUUAUUCUUGGCAGCACAAGAUGCCCAAGAAUGCCUCAAUAAGAAGCAAAAGAAUCAAUUAACUACAUGGAUGAUCAGGGCAGUGGAUGCAAAUGAUUUACACACUGAUGACAGCUUUGUGUUUUCGAAAACAGCUGGACGGAUCAAAGAAGCCAUAUCCAAUCUCCCCGUUGCAGCUGAGGAUGAUGACAGAGAGGAAGCAGCAGCUCUGAAAGAUGAAACAGAGUUGACAUACGAAGAUGGUCAAAGCAAGCAGGAAAUAUCUUUCGUUGCUCCAUCUGAAGAAAAUGAAGAGGAAGAAGAGUCUGACCCAUUUGGACUUGAUGCUUUCAUGUCUAGUUCAGUUAAUAAAGGUGGAAAAACAAAGGAAAAGAAAGUUGCAGCAGCCAGGAUGAAGGAGGAAGUAGAAGAGAAUAAGAGAUUCAUCAGGUCACAAAGGGAAGCCUUGAUUAUAUGUUUAGAGAUUGCUGCUCGGCGUUAUAAAACUCCAUGGUGCCAAACAGUUAUAGACAUCUUAGUAAAGCAGGCGUAUGACAACGUGGGAAGGUUCACAUCCAGACAGAGAGAUGCGAUUGAGAAACUUUGGGCUUCCAUACGGGAACAGCAUGCACGUAGGAAGCAAGGGAAAUCAGUCACUGGGAAACUUGAUGUAAAUGCUUUCGAAUGGCUACAGCAAAAAUAUUCUACUGAGAAGAUCAGCAUUCGACAUUCUGUUGGAGCUAGUGGAGAUCGUCGUGCUCAGCAGUGGCUUGGUUGAUAUAUAUAUAUACUCUUUUUCUUUCUUUUUCUUUUACUUAAUAUUUUGGAAUUGGCCGUACAAGAUUUUCAUAAACAAUCAAAACAUGGAGGAGUUCAAGCCCUUGAAAAACAUGGGCAGGGUGGUUAUAGGGUCAAGUAUUGAGUGAUCAAGUUCGGUUUAUUUAAUUUUUUUUUUGAAUAUGAGCUUGGGUUGGACUUAUCAUCAUGCUAGAUAGUCUGUUCGAACUCUAUUCAUUUAAUUUUUCAAAUGAACUUGAGCUUGUUUACGAUUUACUCAAUUAACUUAUUCAUUCCACAUAUAAAGUAAAUGUGUUUGAUUUUCUUUUUUUAAUAAAUUCUUACUAAUUAUUAGUUCA